AUGCUCUCUCUGGUGGCGUCACAGGGCCUGCACGUGCCGGCCAGUGCAGUGACUCGGGAGAUCAUGGGGCUCACAGGGGGGAGUGCUGGGCUGGGGAGUCGGAGUAUGGUGAAAGAGAGAAAGCGGCCUUCGCUGCUGGAUAGUAGUGGUAGCGAGGAGGAGGAAGAGGAGGAGGAGGAAGAGGAGGAAGAGGAGGAAGAGGAGGUGGAGGAGGAGGAGGAAGAGGAUGAUAAUGAUGAGGAGGGUGAGGGUGGAGCAGAGGAAGGGGAGGGAGAAGAGGAGGAAGAGGAAGAAGAGGAGGGGAAGGAAGAAGAUUAUGGAGAGGCAGAGGAGGAGGAGGGGGAAGAGGGGGGAGGCGAGGAAGGGGAGGAUACACAGGAGGAGGAAGAUGGAAUGGAGCAAAAAGGUAACGAAGAGAAUGAGGAGGAGGAGGAGGAGGAGGAGGAGGAGGAGGAGGAGGAGGAGGAGGAGGAGGAGGAGGAGGAGGAGGAGGAGGAGGAGGAGGAGGAGGAGGAGGAGGAGGAGGAGGAGGAGGAGAACUUAGAGCACAAGGCAGGACACGCAGAUAUGGAGGCUGAGGAGGCUGAGGAGGCUGAGGAGGCUGAGGAGGCUGAGGAGGCUGAGGAGGCUGAGGAGGCUGAGGAGGCUGAGGAGGCUGAGGAGGCUGAGGAGGCUGAGGAGGCUGAGGAGGCUGAGGAGGCUGAGGAGGCUGAGGAGGCUGAGGAGGCUGAGGAGGCUGAGGAGGCUGAGGAGGCUGAGGAGGCUGAGGAGGCUGAGGAGGCUGAGGAGGCUGAGGAGGCUGAGGAGGCUGAGGAGGCUGAGGAGGCUGAGGAGGCUGAGGAGGCUGAGGAGGCUGAGGAGGCUGAGGAGGCUGAGGAGGCUGAGGAGGCUGAGGAGGCUGAGGAGGCUGAGGAGGCUGAGGAGGCUGAGGAGGCUGAGGAGGCUGAGGAGGCUGAGGAGGCUGAGGAGGCUGAGGAGGCUGAGGGGGCUGAGGAGGCUGAGGAGGCUGAGGAGGCUGAGGAGGCUGAGGAGGACGAUGAGAACAAUGGAGACGAGGGCAUAGAGCAGUACCCAGCGGAAGAAGCAGGGUACACGGAUAUGGCAGCUGGGGGUGAAGACUCUUCUAGUAUUGAGGCUGAGGAUAGUCCAGCUGAACAGGCCAAUGAGAAGAGUGCAGAGGAGGAGGUAGAGCAGGAACCAGAGGACGAUGCAGGGCACAUGGAUACGGAGGCUGGAGGGGAAGAGUCGUGGAAUAUGGAGGCUGAGGAGGGUCCAGCUGAGAAGGGUUCAACCGAGGAGGAAGAGGAGAAUGAGUUAGAGCACGAGACAGGGCACACGGAUAUGCAGGCUGGAGGUGAAGAGUUUUGGAGUAUGGAGGCUGAGGAUGCUCCCGCUGAGGAGAGCCCAGCUGAGGCAGGAGGAGGAGCGGAUGAGGAAGCAGGCAGUGAUUCUGCCAGAGACCCCCUGUUGAAUGUGUCUGAGGGUGAGGGGCGUGUGAAGGCCCUUGCUGCUGCUAUGCUGUCGCCUACUGCUGCUGCUGCUGCUGCUGCUGCUGCUGCUGCUGCUGCUGCUGCUGCUGCUGCUGCUGCUGCUGCUGCUGCUGCUGCUGCUGCUGCUGCUGCUGCUGCUGCUGCUGCUGCUGCUGCUGCUGCUGCUGCUGCUAGUACCACCAUUGCAUCCCCUAAAGAGGGAGUGGCGUUAGGUGUUGCUGGGGGGCGUGUGAAGGCUCUUGCUGCUGUGGUGGCGUCUGCUGCUUCUGCUGAUACCACCCCUGCACCCUCUAAAGAGCCAGCGGCUGUAGAUGUUGCUGGGGGAAGGGUGAAGGCCCUUGCUGCGGUGGUGGCGUCUGCCGCUGCUGAUACCACCAGUGCAACCCCUAAGGAGGCUGCGACUGUGGACGUUUCUGCUGGGAGGGUGAAAGCACUGGCUGCUGUGGUGGCUUCAUCUGCGUCUGCUGACGCCACCAGUGCCCCCUCUAAGGAACCGGCGACUCUGAAUGUUGCAGAGGGGCGUGUGAAGGCUCUUGCUGCUGUAGUGGCGUCUGCAACUCCUGACACCACAGCUGCAGCCCCGAAAGAGGCAGCAACUAUAAAUGUUCCUGGCGGGCAUGUGAAAGCUCUGGCUGCCGUGGUUGCAUCAACUGCUGCUCCUGCUGACGCCACCAGUCCAUCCCCCAAAGAGGCGGCGGCUGUAGAUAUCGCUGGCGGGCAUGUGAAAGCUCUGGCUGCUGUGGUGGCGUCUGUGGGUGCUGCUGGCGCCACCAGUGCACCCUCUAACGAGUCAGCGGGUCUAGAUGUUGCUGGGGGGCGUGUGAAGGCUCUUGCUGCUGUGGUGGCGUCUGCUGCUUCUGCUGAUACCACCCCUGCACCCUCUAAAGAGCCAGCGGCUGUAGAUGUUGCUGGGGGGCGUGUGAAGGCUCUUGCUGCCUUUGCGGCUGCUCCUGCUGCUGAUGAUACCACCAGUGCACCCUCUAAAGAGUCACCGGGUCUAGAUAUUGCUGGGGGGAGGGUGAAGGCGCUGGCUGCUGCGGUGGCAUCCACUGCUGCUGCUGACGCCACCAGUGCACCCCCUAAAGAGGUGGUGGUGACUGGAGACGUUGCUGAGGGAUGGGUGAAGGCUCUUGCUCCCUCUGUGGCUGCUCCUGCUGCUGCUGAUACCACCAUUGCACCCCUUGAAGAGGCAGCGGCUCUAGAUGUUGCAGAGGGGCGUGUGAAGGCUCUUGCUGCUGUGGUGGCUUCUGUGGCAGCUGCUGACUCUGUCAGUGCAACGCCUAAAGGUGUGGCGAAUCCUGAUUUUGCAGAGGGGCGUGUGAAGGCUCUUGCUGCUCGGGCUGCCUCUGCUGCUGCAAACAACAGUGCUGAAAGCACCGGCGGUGCUUCAAAGGACUUGGUCUCUCUGGAGGUUGGAGAGGGGCGGGUGAGAGAGCUCGCUGCUCUGGCUGCCUCUGCUGCUGCCAACAGCAGUGCAACCGCCAGUGCUGCUUCAAACGACCCCUCUCUGGAUGUUGCUGGGGGGAGAGUGAGAGAGCUCGCUGCUCUGGCUGCCUCUGCUGCUGCCAAUAACAGUGCUGAAACUGCUGACAGUGCUCCAAAGGACUCCUCUCUGGACGCUGGUGAGGGCCGUGUGAAGGCCCUGGCUGCUCUUGCUUCCACUGGUGCUACCUCUGGUGACAAUGUUAGUCAAGGCCAAUCUAAUAGCAAUGGUGAACCCACCACGCUGUACGGCAAUGACAAGAGCAUCCAGCAGCAGCAGCAGCAGCAGCAGCACUACCCUGCUCCCUCCCCACGCCUCAUCCACCGUCCCUACUCCCCGUCACACCGCGCUCCAUCCCUCACUCCCCAUCCGCCCAUCUCCCCUGCUACACUCGCUGCCCCCUCCACCCAUCUCGGCAGUGGGGACAUAGAUGGAGAAGGGCACGAGGAGGAAAUGCUGGGGGAUGAUGCAGACAGCGAGGAGGAGAGAGAGGAGGAAGAUGAAGGGGAGGAUGAGGACGAUGCGGAGGAGGGAGAGGAGGAGCGAGAGGAGGAGGGUCCAGCGAGUGAGGGCAUGCAGACAGGAUGGCCAGCAGCUGCAACAGUGCCUUCAAGCGAGGCCAGCGGCAGUGGCGACAGCAACAGCGUUACUGCUACCAGCAAUGGUGGCAGCAGCAUGGGCAAGACAUGGAAGGACAUUCUGCUCUCUGUGAAAGCAGCGACUCAGCCCGGAGCAGCUGCUCCCGGUUCGAAUGCAGGGAGGCAAGAGGGUGCAGGCGCUGCUGCCCUGGCGGCUGUAGCGGCGGAGGUUGUAGCGGGAAUGCACGGAGGCAGGGAGGGAGGGGUGGGUGAUGUGGCUGGGGUGUUGGGGAAUGGAGCAUUGGUGUUUGGUGCAGUUGAUGUGGCGGGGGGGACGGCAGGGAAGUCGGUGGGGGCGAUUGGAGAAAUGCAUGGGGAGGCGUGCCGGCAGGAGGGAUGGAAGAGGGCGAGAAGCGUUGCAACUGGGGUAAUGGCGACUGGUGGGGUGAUGGCAGGUGGGCAGCAGCAUUCGAUAUACAGAGGGAUAGCAGAGGGAGAAGAGGAGGCAGGGAUGGAGAACGAAGAGGAGGCUAGGAGCAGGGACGGACCAGCUGUGGUAGAAGGGAAAGUUGUUGGGGGGGUUGGAGCAGAAAAAGAGGCAGCAGAGGCAGAGGUUGCAGCUGCAAGCAGCAACACGGGUGCAGAGGCGAGAGGGAGGGUGGAGGAGUGGGGGGAGCAGAGUCCCAUUAGGGAGCUGCUGGGGCGUUGGAGUCUCCCACCAGAUGGGCUCACCUGGUGUGCCAAGAUGGAGCAGCAGAGGCAGCUAUAUGAAGCCCUUGAUGACUCAAGAGCCACCCAGCUAUCGGAUCUGCCAGACGAGUUCAUCGUCCAGAUCCUCUCUCGACUCACCGACCCCGCUCGACUGGGCGGCGUGUCUCGGCCUAUCCCGGCGCUUCGCCGCCCUCUCCUGCCUCGCGCUGCAAGCGCUCUACCUCCUUCCGAACCGCCUGCUCCCCAAGCCUCUGCUGGCUCGGAGCGCACCUCUGCAAGAACACCAGCAGGCCUCACCACCCUCUUCACCUCCCUCCCCUCCCUCCGCUCUCUCUCGCUCUGCACCGGCCGAUUCAUACGCUCCCUCCCGGCCUCCAUCGCCCGCCUCUCGCUCUUAGAGGAGCUGCUUAUAACGAAUCAGUCUUCGAAGCUCGGUUUGCGUUCUCUUCCACCUGCCCUCGGUCAGCUUUCGAAUCUUCGCCGCCUCGUGCUGGACUCCUGCUUGCAGCUCCCUACACUGCCUGAGGAAAUUGGGCAGCUGACUGGAUUGGAGGAGCUGGAGCUGCUGAGUCUGGAUUGUCUACGCCAGCUGCCCGAAACUAUCGGGCAGCUUAAGCGCCUGAAGUGGUUCAAGAUGUGCUGGUGCAUGUCAGUUCGCAGCCUGCCCGAGAGCAUCGGGCAGCUGAAAGAAUUGGAGGAGAUGCUUCCGUACCUCUACUCGCUGAAGCUCAUUGGCUGCUAUUCUCUUGCCACGUUGCCCGAAUCUCUGGGCAGCUCGGGCAGCCUCCAGCUGCUUCUUGUGGAUAACAAGGUGGAUGAUGAUGAGGAUGAGGAGGAUGAGGAUGGGGAGGAGGGUGAGGAGGAGGAUGGGGAGGAGGAUGGGAUGAGCAUAGUGAGCCAUUCAACGGCCUUGGACAUGCAUAUGAGCAUGAACGGCACUGACGACACCGCUGCCAGCGACGAUGGCGCAAGCACCGGCAGAAACGGGGACGAAGAAAAUCACAAUAGUUAUGGUCAUGACAAUGUUGACGAUAACGAGGAGGAUGAUGAGGAGGAUGAGGAUGAUGAUGGUCCGAGUGGUCUGCUCGCCCUGCCGGCAUCCAUGGGCAUCACCCCAUCAGCCAUGUGCAAUCUGCGCCAGCUGGUCCUACGAGCCAACGUCUCCCCUCACCGCCCUCCCGCCCGCCUUCUUCUCUCUCCGACUCCUCGAAAGCCUCCGUCUCAGGCAUCGCUCUCUGGUCUCGCUGCAGGGAGUAGCGCAGUUGGUAUGGGCACAGGCAGCGAUGCGGUUACCACAGAGACCGGCGGUGGGAUAAACUCUUCCCUUAUGCUGAUUCUGCCGGCUGACUUGCCACCCACACCGGAGAAGAAAACCAAGCCUGCCGGGAUAGCUGAGCUUCCAGAGGAGAUUUCCCAGCUGGUUAGUCUUCGGCGGUUGGAUCUGAUUGGUUGCUCGAAGCUUUCCAAGCUGCCCGAGUCUCUGGGCAGCCUUCAGUUUCUGCAGAGGCUGGUGGUGGCGUUCUGUCCAGCCAUUCAGGCUCUCCCGGCUGGCGUCGGGCAGCUGAAAUUCCUCCAGACUUUUGUUGUCCAGAACUGCCCGAAUCUGCUGUACCUGCCCGACUCAUUGACAGCAUUGACAGGGCUGCCCGAGCUGUGCAUAGAUGAGAAAUCUGUGGGUGUGAAGAUUCCAGAGCAUUUGUUGAGGCUGCCUGGGUUCCGCCGUGACAGCUGUUUCUUUGAAGACCGGCUCUUCAUUGACCUGAUUGAGUAG